AUGGUGUCUUUUACAAGUUCUGCAAUUAAUAAGUCGGGGAAGAAGUUCGCGCCCAAGGCGCCUCCUCGUCGCGCUCCUCCAGCAGCGGUAAAUUCUGCGAGAGCCAGUGUCUCCGAGGGCAGACCUUCCGUUACGCCAGUGCCUGAGACACAGAAAGCGCAUGCCCCACCAGUUGUUUCCCCUACUCCAGAUACGCCUCAACCAGUGCAAGUGACCGAAGAACCGCGGAUAGAAGAUGUGGUUAUCAGUAACACUGCUAUCCCUCAGCCGGUCGCAUCAGUUACCCCGAUUACAGAAACUGCGCGGUCUGUUGCGUCUCAUGAAGGGUCUGUCGUUGCGAAGGAACGGCCUGUACCUAUUUCAGCCCCAGGACAGUCGAGACGCGAAAGAGCAAUCAAUGCACCUCAGACUGAAGUACCUGAAUCUCGCAUCCAAGCCAACAGGUCCCCAAGUCAAUCUAUACCUCCAGAAGAGGCUUCGAUACAAGCACUCGCACAAGUGACCGCGGCCGAGAAUACUCCUACACCUAUCGCACAACCUACAACCCGCAUCUUCAAACCUCCCGAAAGAAUAAACCGACCUGAAAGUACCACUGAGUUGAACAACGUAACAUUGACAAGUGAGGAAUCUACACCCCAGACAGACAAUGCUUCUGCUACAACUACCCCCAAACCACGAGCCUCUCAAUCUAAGAGACAUCAAAGCACGGCGUCGGAUACUACCCCUGGCACAGAAAACGCGAGAACUCGCAAGCCCCGAGGCAAACGAAAACGAGAGCCAACUCCUGAGGAAUCAGAGCACGUCGAAAUCGCACCCACAGUUGUGAAGAUGUCUGAACUAUGCAAGGAUCUCAGAACUGGCAAAAAGUCGAGACGAGAAAUGGAAUUGCGAAACCUUGAACAACAAGAAGCAGAACGAAAAGAGAAGGCCAGGGAAAAGGCUCGCAAUCCUGAUACACCUGUGAAGACCGACGUAGAGAAUGGAUCGGCGGCACCUAGCGGGAUCAAUACCACACCAACAAAAGCGAGCGGUCCACGGAUGAGAAUUGUGAAUGGUGAAAUCGUUGUAGAUAAUGCCUCGCUACAGAUUGAUCGACAUGCCGAUGCAGCGCGCGAGUUCGGUGAGGGGGAACACGUCGUCGAAAGUCGGCUCAAUAGAAAGAUUAACCAGGCCACAUACGGCAAACGGACCAAAGCCGAGUCGUGGGACGAGGAUCUGACCGAUCUAUUCUAUAGAGGGUUGAGAAUGUUUGGCACCGACUUCUCGCUCAUAAGCAAGAUGUUUCCAGGACGAUCUCGACGUCAGAUUAAAUUGAAGUUCAACAACGAGGAGCGCAAGGACCCUGAGCGAAUCAAACGGACGCUUCUAGGACCAUCCGAAGCGAUCGAUAUUCAGACAUACUCGGAAUUGACCAAUACGGUAUACGAGGAUGUCGAGGUUAUACAGAGAGAACUCGAUGAAGACAAAAAGAGAAUUGAGGAACAGCACGAAAGAGAGAAACGAGCACAGGACGAGAUGAUGCGCAACCCAAGCGGAAUUGCGGACAAGAACGUCGUGCCCAGUAUUGAGAACAAUAAUAUCAAGAAGAGACGCUCUAUCUCGAAGAGUAUCAGCGCAUGA